AAAGAUGAGUUAAACCCAGUGCCAUAUCAAAAUCAUAAUGUGCUGGGUUAACUAUUAAUAAAUUAGAUAAGAUAUACUGCAUGUUAAACCGGACACAUCCAUCUCCCACACUGCACUCUGAAGGAGAACAUUGGUAGAUUUAUCCGCACAUCACUAUGAGCAGCUUCGGGCAGAUCCUAAAGGAGGUUGGGGAGUUUGGUUUGUUUCAGAAACGGUUAUUGGCUGCAUUAUGCAUCCCCACCAUAUAUGCUGCUUUUGAUGUGAUCGGUCAGGUGUUUGCAGGAGUGAGCUUUCCACAUCACUGUAACACUGACUGGAUCUUGGAGCGUGGGCCAAACCUGACAGAUGAAAGACGAAGAAAUCUCACCAUCCCAGUGAACGAGGAUGGGAAGUAUGAAAGCUGUAAAAUGUUCACACCUGUGGAUUUGGAUUUGGAAACUAUUGAAGCAUAUGGGAUUAACACUACAACAGGAUGCACAGAUGGAUGGGACUAUGAGACACCCGUAGGUGCUUCGAGCAUUAUGUCAGAGUUUGAUCUGGUUUGUGACAAGAACGGUAUGAUCGAGGCCUCACAGUCCAUCUACAUGGCAGGUUUUCUGUUUGGAGCGUUGACGUUUGGGGCAAUUUCUGACAGGUUCGGGCGACGCUUUGCAAUCCUCCUCUGCCUCUUUGUCCUACUAUUGUCUGGCGUGGGUGCUGCUUUCUCGCCAAACAUCUAUGUUUACAUGGUCUUAAAAUUUUUCUGUGGGAGUUCAGGAGGUGUCAUUAUAAUGAACACAUCUGUGAUGGGAGUGGAGUGGACUCACUCAUCUAAGUCUGCUCUUUGCACAAUGUCCAUCAUUUUGUUCUUUCCUGCUGGACUGAUGCUGUUGUCUGGCAUUGCCUAUUUAACCCCCAACUGGAGGAUCCUGCAGCUGGUGCUCUACAGUCCUAUUCUCCUCCUCCUAGGAUUCUUGUACUGGUUUCUCCCGGAGUCAGCUCGCUGGCUGAUGACCCACGGCAGGAAGGUGGAGGCACAAAAGGAGCUCCAGAGAGCAGCCAAGGUUAAUGGGAAGACGGUCCCAGAACAUCUGCUGGACAAGCUUGAAAUGGAGGGAACAGUGGAGAGAAGAAACGUGUCGGACAUCUUCCGAAUAUCGUAUUUGAGAAAACGUACUUUCAUAAUGGGCUAUAACUGGUUCUCAAUAAGUCUUCUGUAUUAUGGACUGAGCCUGAAUGUUGGCAGUUUCGGCCUGAAUAUCUACCUCACACAGUUCAUCUUUGGUGUUGUCGAAGUACCGGCAAACCUGAGUGUUUUGACCCUAGUUCAACAUAUUGGAAGGAGAAAAUGUCAAGUAGGCUACCUGUUCUUUGGGGGUGCUGCAUGCCUCCUGGUCCUUGCUGUUCCAAAAGAUCUUCCUGUGGUGGUAACAAUCAUAGCCGUAAUUGGGAAAUUUGCUGCUGCUGCCGCUUUCAGCACAGCCUACGUUUACACUGCAGAGUUAUACCCAACCAUUUUAAGGCAGAAUGGUGUAGGUGUAAACUCCAUGUGUGCUCGUGUGGGGGGCAUCCUCGCUCCACUGAUCAGGCUCCUGGACGUCUACCAUCACAUCAUCCCCAUGCUGAUAUACGGCGUUGUCCCCAUUGCUGCUGCAGGUUUCUCUUUACUACUGCCUGAAACCCUCAAUGUUGAACUGCAGGACCACGCUGAACUCAAGAAACCAGGUAUUGGACCUGCUGCGAACAGAUAAAGUGCUACACAUAUUACUCAAGGACACAA